AUGAACACCCUGAAAGCAGUACCAGAUGACGGGGAAUCUUACCGUGAAGGUCCUUUGGAUGAAACGUUUGGCCAACACCCUGUUUUCCCCACUGGUCUUACCCAAGAAAGCUCUUUAGAUAAAUAUACUACCUUACAAGUGCAGCAAUACCUCCACCAAGUAAGACAAGAAGCCGUUAGUGACAGUUGUAUUCACUACGUCAAAAGGGACAAUACCACUCCGGAGAAACAUCCAGAAGAUGAAUCUCCAACAUACAUCAACCCCGACUGGUCUCAGUCAGUGAUGAAAAGCUUUCUACAACUAAAAGAAUCAAUAAAACAUGCCGACUUUACCCAAUCUUCAGACUUCCCUCCUGUUCCUCAGUCAGCAGCCAAUUGGAGGUCUUUCGUGUUUCAAAACGACCCUCCUCCAAUCGAGUACUUCUAUGUAAUGCUUGAUCAUCCAACAAUCAUCAAGUUGGUAGUAUAUUUCACUAAAUGGAUCAGUAUCAACUCCCCCGAAACCCUUUCUAAAUGGAUAUUUUCGGUAUUUCUAAGACUUGACAAUCCGCUUGAGUACACAGAAUCAUCCAUAAUAAGGGACCUUGGUAAAAAAGCUCGAAAGCUCUCUGAUAAAGUAAGAUCUCGAAAUAACGAUAACGAUCAUGAUAGUGAUGAUAACAUUGGCGAUGCAAACGAUAAUUUCUCAGCACCCCCAGUAGCUUUAUAUACCAUUGAGUUGAUUCUCGUUGUGAUCGGCGAAUACUAUGGCCAAAAAGACCUUCUUUUCCUAUAG